AAGGGCUUUAUAACUUAUGUAACGUAGCACAAUGACAAUGUAAACAUGAUGUUUGGACGCCUCUGAACUCGGUUGGUAUCAAGGGUCGAACCUCCCACGUGAUGAAAGGCUCAAGAAUGGAGUCGGAAGAGGCUAUGAGAAAUUGUAAAAUUGACCAGAAGCGCCAGUUUACUCCAAACAGAGUGGAGCAUGGUUAUUUCUAGGUAAAUAACCGAACUAUCAAAACCUUCUCGGAUAAUCGCUUUGGGAUCACACGCUGUGCACGGGACCGCAGCCAAGCUCUAGUCGGGUACCUGGCGAUGCGAUGGGAGAGCGAGUACCGCAGAGAUGAUGCGUUUUCUACUGGAUUGCUUGCGGACGCCAAGGCAACGGGCACCGUGCAGUGAGAGGGACAAGGACUUUGUGGAACAGGACGAGUGUGUUGCUCAGAAGACUGGGGAAAUCAGAGACCUGCAGGAUGCCGUGCAGCAGGAGGGCAUUGAGCUGGAGGAGCAGCAGGGAGACCGCCGGGAGCUGGAGGAGACCCUGGAGAAGCUGGAGCAGCACAGGAUGGAGCUGGAGGACCAGCUCAAACUGACCAGGCUCGAGUGCGUCCAAGAGAGCCAGCAGAUUCUUUCCCUGCAGGCAGAGGAGGUGGCCAGGGAAACGAAGGUGGAGGAGUAUGAGCGGGAGCUGGCCCGGGCAAGGAGGAAACUCAAACAGCUGAAAAUGGAGGUCAGACGGGCCCAGGGGAAGGUGGAGGAGGCGGGCGAACGCACCAUCCCUCUGGAGGAGUCCAUCAGCCAAUCAUAUGAGGAGAUUUUACAGGAGGAGCAGACGCUCAGUAUACUUAGUGGGGAGCGGACGGGAGAUGCAAUACUGCCAGACCACCAGCAGGUGGAGCCAAUCGACACAUCCCCCAUCAGCCUCAGGACAGAGGACGGAAAUCUUGACGUCCCCGCUGUACUACCAGCCAGGUCAUGGGGCAGGAGCCAAUCACUGCCUGUCUAUGCUGAAAUCCUGGCAAACCUUGGGUGUGCGGCUCGCGCUAUGAACGGAUUGGCUGAUACACAAGAAGAGGAGGAGGAGACAACUACACCAAGCACACCAAAGCAGAUGGAUAAGGGAGAAAAGGAAGAGAAAGUGGAGGAUGAAGAAAAGAUUUCCCAAACACGAUCCACCAGUAGCAUAGCAGUUGAAGAGCUCGACUUCUACCACCCCGACCCCUUCAUUCACUGUGAAUCUGAAGAUUACCUUUUCAAAGAUGACGACCUCUUUGCCAAAACGGAUCAAUCUGAUGAUGACCCAUUCAAAGGCACAGACCCCUUCGCUGCAGACAUCCUCUUUCCAGAGGGGACAGAGGAGCCCUAUCCCUCCACUGAUCCGGAUACCCGCCUGGAACUUGGAUCUAACGACGAGACAGACAACAGCCUCUCCUGCGCUGAGAACAAAGCCUCCACCGGCACCCAGUGCUUCGAGUCCGAGUUCCCCGACGAGGACGAAUCCAGCGACAUAGAAAUCAGUUACAGCAGGGAGGAUCUGGACACUGUUCACACGGACGCUGUUGAACUCUCCUUCGUUGAGCCCCAAACCUUGAUCAUGACCGAACGCUUGGGUUUCAAGCCCAUCUACGCAGCUCAAACUUGUUCCUUGGAAACUGAAUUAGAUGACGCAGAAGAACUCGGCGUAGCUUCUGGGCGCGAACCCUUCAGUCAAGCAUCCAGGGCCAACACCUGGGCUGCUGGACCCAACUUCUCCACCGAAUCCGACCCCAAUGGAUACGAGUUUGACAUCAACGCAGUAUCCCCUCCUUCCGACAUAGAAGAGAUUGACAUCACUCUUGGAUCUAUUCCAGUUGAAUUUGACCUGGUGCCACCUGGGUAUGACUCCGUGGAACCCAGCUACCCUGUUGGGAUUCAGGCUUGUGACUCAGAACCUGCCGGAACAGGUGGAUGCGACCUUCCUGAACCCAGCCCUCCUGUACCCACCCGCCCGGUCCGUCCACCUAGACGCCUCAAAGGGGGAGCGUCAGCGGACCUUGUGGAAGAGCCAGACACUCCCAAAGCUGAAGGCUGUGAUCCAGGUUCUUCCAACCGCUCUGCUGAUUCAGAGUUGGACAGUGCUAUCGGGAUGGACCCUCUUACCAGCUCAGCUGAACACAACAGUAAAUUCAGCUUCGGCAACAACAGUUUUGAGCUGAACUACGAGCCCAACUAUGAGCCCAGUAGUCAAACUUCGUACAACUAUGGAUUUAAACUCAGCCCCGAACACCACAGCGAAGAGAUCUUAGAUCCUUUUGCCGCUGAACUCAGCGAUGAAGAAGCUGACAACCAAGCCUCAUUUGAUCCUUACAAAUUUGAGCCUAUUGCUCAAUCUGAGAACCAAGACGUGUUCGACCCUUACGGGUUUGGACAUACAUCUCAUGCCACUGACCGAGACACAUUUGACCCCUAUGGUUUCAAACUCUUAAGUUUUGAGACUGACCACCAAGCUAUCGUCGACUUACACAGCGGCGAUGAUACGAACCUUGAAGACAACAAUAACACAAACAAAAGGGACUCCUUUAGCUUCGAUUUCAGUAACACAGCUUCAAUGGACCCCUAUAGUUCAGAACCCAGUAACACAGCUUCAAUGGACCCCUAUAGUUCAGAACCCAGUAACACAGCUUCAAUGGACCCCUAUAGUUCAGAACCCAGUAACACAGCUUCAAUGGACCCCUAUAGUUCAGAACCCAGUAAUACUGCAACAAUGGAUCUCCUUGGUCUGGAUAUCAGCAGAGCCAACAGUGUUGCUGAGUCAGACUGUAACAAUCCUACAGCGUCUGACCCAUUAGGAACAGUACAAACUAUGGCAGCAGGAAGCAAUCUACUGGACCUGGACCUUGUGUUUGGAAGAAGUAGUUAUAGUGAUAACCCUGAAGUCGCCACUGACCUCUACCACUGUGAGCCUAGACAGGGAAACCCUGCUGGUCCAGACAACUUAGAAUUCAGAGUGAGAGACACCGCCCACUCCGAGUCUGUAGACACCGUUUCUGACUGGAUGACUGUUAAGACCAACUCCAGGGAAUCCUUGUCCUUUGGCCCAGUCAAACACAGCACACACAGCCUGGACAAAUGAACCAUUCCCUGGAAAGAAGACACCAGUGUGGCCAUGACUCUGCAGUAUAGUACAACAAUGGGGAAGUAGAUGGAAGGAUGUGAAGCAAAGGCGGGAAUGAGUCUCUUUUCUCCAAGCUGGCAUGAUUCACCUUGACCCCUAGUCAAGGGUUGCAACAUUGCAUUGAUUUGAAUGUGAUUGAUAUGUUAAUAGAAAAUCAUAAUUUGA